AUGCCGGCAGCCUUUCACCAUACGAGUACGAUGUCCCUCAACCUCGAUGAAGUGCUGAGAUCCGAAUUCCGUGCAGCCUACGACCAGGCGGAAGCAAACAAGCAGCAUUCCGAUCUCUCUGAUGUCUUCAGCAAUGAAUCUGGCCUUGUGGAGCAUUGUUCACAAGUCAUAGACAGCCAGCUCUUCAUGCUCGUAUUCUUGAUCCUGACGGUCUACGCGCUGUUUGCAACAGACUUGGAUACCCUCUUUGGUACUGUGGACUCGAGAUAUGUGCUGAGCAUCGUCACCACGGUGGUGUUCCUCUUGUUUGGAGUCGAGCUGCUGCUGCUGAGUUUGUUCAAGUAUGACUAUGCGUUCCGAGCCUUCUUCUGGCUGGACCUGGUCGCUUUGGUGUCGCUGUUACCUGAAACGUGGUUUGUGCAGCAGCUCUUUGCCAGUGAUAGCCUGGUGGCUGCCCGCUCCACCCGCAUGAUGAAGGCAAUCCGCUUGGUCAUUCGCUCCUCCAAGGCGACAAGACUGAAUCGCUUCACAAGGAUGGUCAGAGUGUCGGCCAUGCUCCCACGGCUCUUUCAGGCUGCUACCAGGAAGCCAGAAGACAGUGGGAAAGAU